AUGGUAUCAGGGCUCUCACCCCACAUCCUGGCACCACGUGUGGCCGCCAUCCGCGAGAAGGCAGCAGAGUUUGGCCGCGAUCCUCGUAGCGUGAAGAUAUUUGCAGUAGUUACCCCAAUCAUCGGCCGAACCGAUGAGGAGGCGAUUGCCAAGUACGAAGAAGCGUUGAAAUACGCAAGGUUCGAGCCAGGUCUUGCAUUCUUCUCCGGCAAUGCGGGCAUAGACCUUUUCAAAUAUGAUCUCGACGCGGAGAUCAAGCCCGAUGAUGCCAAGAUUGAUGGUAGAGUGCACUCUCUCGUUAACAGUUUGAAGUACCGCGGUGACGACAUUCCUACCUGGACACCCAGAAAUAUCGGAAAGGCAAUGGCUAUCGGCGGGAAUGGGCCGGUGCCUAUGGGGUCCGCAUCACGGGUAGCUGAUUUCCUUGAGGAAUGGGUGAAAGUGGCAGAUCUUGAUGGCUUUAACGUUGGAUACGUGACGAGUCCCGGGAGCUUUGAAGACGUCGUAGACCUGCUUGUCCCCGAACUCCGUCGAAGAGGUGUUUAUGCACCACUGGGCGAAAGCGGCACCGUACGCGAAAGAGUUUACGGCACGGGGCAGAAACGGUUGCGGGAUGACCACACUGGAAGUCGUUUCAAAUAUGGGAAAUACACUGGCAAUUGA